AUGUCCAUGACCAUAGAAGAGCUGGACACCACGGUCCGUGGAUUCUACGAGGGUCGUGGUGAGCAGCAGAAACAGGCGCAGGCGUCACUCAACCAGUUCAAAGAAAACCCAGAUGCGUGGCUCAUGGUCGACAAGAUUCUCUCGGACGCGCAAUACCCACAAACAAAGUACCUCGGCCUACAAGUACUGGAUAAUGUGAUCAUGACACGGUGGAAGGUGCUGCCCCGCGAUCAGUGCCAAGGCAUCCGCAACUUCGUGGUCAACUUCAUCAUCCAGCAGAGCAGCACGGAGGAGAGUUUGCGCAAAGAGAGGGCGCUCCUGAACAAGCUCAACCUGGUGCUCGUCAGUAUCUUGAAGCAGGAGUGGCCGCACAACUGGCCAACAUUCAUCAACGAGAUCAUCUCUAGCUGCCGCAGCAGUCUGCCGAUUUGCGAGAAUAACAUGGCUAUCUUGCGAUUGCUGUCGGAGGAGGUGUUUGACUUCUCCGCGGACCAAAUGACGUCCACGAAGACGAGGCAGCUCAAACAGAGUAUGUGCGACGAGUUUACAGGUAUCUACAACUUGUGCUCGGAAAUUCUGCGGACCGCGGACCAGGCCAGUCUUAUCAAGGCUACGCUGGAGACGCUGCUUCGCUUCCUGAACUGGAUCCCGCUUGGCUACAUCUUCGAGACACCGCCUGGUGGCACAUCGCUCAUCGAGACGUUGCGCAGCCGGUUCUUGGAGACCCCUGAGUUUCGUAACAUCACCCUGAAAUGCUUGACAGAGAUCGGUGGGCUGCAGACUGAGCACAACUUCGACGACAAGCUCGUUGGUAUGUUCACCGAGACUCUCACAACCAUUUCGAAGAUCAUCCCUCUUUCACUCGAUCUGAAGCAGACUUACGCAUCGUCCAAUGGUCGAGAUCAGGAGUUCGUACAGAAUCUGGCGCUCUUCCUGUGCAACUUCUUCAGCAACCAUCUUGGCAUUAUUGAGAACCUCCCAAAUCGCGACUUCUUACUUCACGGCCACUUCUACCUCAUUCGGAUAAGUCAGAUUGACGAUCGCGAGAUCUUCAAGGUCUGCCUGGAGUACUGGACGAAGCUUGUGUGCGAGCUUUACGACGAGAUGCAGCAGCUUCCCAUCACUGACAUGAAUCCUCUGGUCAAUCUUGGCGUCACUGGUAUGCAAAAUGGUGGUGCACAAAACCCAUCUAUGAUGCAGAACUACCCACUGCGGAAGCACAAGUACUCGGAUGUUCUCUCAAACCUGCGACAGGUCAUGAUCGAGAAGAUGCCGAGACCCGAGGAGGUGCUGAUUGUUGAGAACGACGAGGGUGAGAUCGUGCGAGAGUUCGUCAAGGAGUCCGACACUAUUCAGCUCUACAAAACCACGAGAGAGUGCUUGGUCUUCCUUACGCAUCUGGAUGUCAUGGACACGGAGCAGAUAAUGUCUGAGAAGCUUGCGCGACAAGUUGAUGGCACAGAAUGGAGCUGGUCGAAUUGCAAUACGCUAUGUUGGGCCAUUGGCUCCAUCUCCGGUGCCAUGAAUGAGGAGACCGAGAAGCGUUUCCUGGUCACAGUCAUCAAGGACUUGCUCGGCCUUACAGAGAUGAAGCGCGGCAAAGACAACAAAGCUGUGGUGGCGUCGAACAUCAUGUACAUCGUGGGCCAGUACCCUCGAUUUUUGAAGGCGCACUGGAAGUUCUUGAAGACAGUCGUGAACAAGCUCUUUGAGUUCAUGCAUGAGACCCACGAGGGUGUGCAGGAUAUGGCUUGCGAUACCUUCAUCAAGAUCGCGAACAAGUGUAAGAGGCAUUUUGUCAUCCAGCAACCUGGUGAGAACGAGGCUUUCAUCGACGAGAUCGUGCGAACAAUGCGUAGGAUUACCUGCGAUCUCUCGCCACAGCAGAUUCACACCUUCUAUGAGGCUUGCGGGUACAUGAUCAGCGCCCAAGGACAUAAGAACACUCAGGAGAGGUUGAUUGGUGAGCUGAUGAGUUUGCCAAACCAGGCAUGGGACCAGAUCAUCCAGUCUUGCCACCAGGAUCCGACGAUCCUGCACAAUUCCGAGACUAUCAAGGUCAUUGGCAACAUCAUGAAGACGAAUGUUGCAGCGUGUAGCAGUAUAGGCAGCUACUUCUACCCACAGAUUGGCCGUAUAUAUAUGGACAUGCUGACCAUGUAUCGUGCCUCCUCGACUUUGAUCGACGAGGGUGUGCAGAAGGAUGGCUCCAUCGCGACGAAGAUGCCGAAGGUCCGUGGUCUGAGGACGAUCAAGAAGGAGAUUUUGAAGCUCAUCACUACGUACGUGGAGAAGGCGGACGAUCUCGAGAUGAUCCACUCGACGCUUGUGCCGCCAUUACUGGAGGCUGUGCUGCUCGACUACAAGCGCAAUGUACCAGAUGCGAGAGAGCCGGAGGUGCUGAAUGUCAUCACUGUUUUGGUCAACAAAUUACAGGGCAUGAUGACCGAGCAAGUCCCCGCCAUCCUCGACGCCAUCUUCGAAUGCACACUCGACAUGAUCAACAAAGACUUCUCCGAAUACCCCGAACAUCGUGUCGCCUUCUUUCAGUGCCUACGCGCCAUCAAUCAGCGGUGCUUCCCUGCCCUUCUCAAGCUCGACGAGACACACUUCAAGCUCGUGAUCGAUAGCUGCAUGUGGGCCUCGAAACACGACAACCGUAUGGUCGAGGGCGAAGGUCUGAACAUGUGCAUCGAGCUCAUCACGAACAUGGCCGAGACAGACCAAGGCACUUGCGAUGGCUUCUUCCGUUCCUUCUACACCACUAUUCUACAGGAUGUCUUCUUCGUGCUCACAGACUCGGAUCACAAAGCCGGCUUCAAGUACCAAUCUAUGCUUCUCGCCCGCAUGUUCUGGCUGGUAGGCGCGAACAAGAUCUCUGGCCCAAUUUAUUCUGGCGACCAAGCCACGGCAGGAACAAACAACAAGGACUUCCUCCAGAACUUCGUCGCUAGCCUCCUCUCCAACGCCUUCCCCAAUCUACAGGCAGCACAGAUCACGAACUUCAUCCGCUCGCUCUUCGACAAUACGGAGGACAUCAACAAGUUUAAGCUCAUUCUCCGGGAUUUCUUGAUCCAGCUCAAGGAGUUCGCGGGCGAUAAUGCGGAGCUCUUUACUGAAGAUCGCGAGCAGGCGGCUAAGGAGUUGAAGGAUCGAGAGCGUGAGAGGGGGAUGAAAAUUGGUGGGUUGUUGAAGCCGAGUGAGCUUGACGAUGAUGAGCUAUGA